CUCUCUCUCUUCAGUCAGACUCUCGUCCUCGAGGAGCAGAAGAGCAGAUCCACAGCAGAAACUCCUGAACCCUCCAGAAGAUCAUGAGAGUCCUGAGAGCUUUACUCCUCAUGAGUGCUGUCACAGUGUCUGUCAGAGGAGAUACUAACUUUACAGCAGAGACUCCUCCAGUAAAGACGGUGCUAAAGUCCAGCUUCCAUCUGUAUCAUGAGGGCAGUGUGUUUGAGGAGACCUGCGCCGUGGUCCCGUUCCGGUCAAAAACCCUCCACAGAUGUGCUUACAACCACAGUGACCCACUGGUGCUAAUUAUACACGGCUGGACGAUGAAUGGACGCAUGGAGCCCUGGAUCUUCAAUCUGGCUUCUGCACUGAAGGUCCGGCUUGAGCGGGUCAAUGUGUUCAUCAGUGAUUGGAGGAAGCUGGCACUUCAGCCGUAUCCAGUCGCAGCCAAGAAUAGCAGACAGGUGGGGCGGGACGUGGCCACGCUGCUCAAAUGGCUAGAGGAAGUGGCACAGCUCUCCAUGGAUGACGUCCAUCUGAUCGGCUACAGUCUGGGAGCGCAUGUGGCCGGAUUCGCUGGAAGUCAUUUCAGAGGACUGAGGAAAGUAGGCCGUAUUACUGGUCUGGAUCCGGCCGGGCCGCACUUCGAGGGUCUGCCGGCGUUUGACAGACUGUCUCCGGAUGACGCUCAGUUCGUGGACGCUGUCCACACCUUCACCGGCUCCAGCAUCAUGCCAGGAGUGGGAAUAAAGCAGAGCGUCGCUCACGUGGACUUCUACCCCAAUGGAGGCUCCUUUCAGCCCGGCUGCAAGAUGCUGGACAUUUACAGCAACGUCUUCCAGUACGGCCUGCAAGGAGUUCCCAAGACCAUUAAAUGUGCCCAUGAGCGUGCCGUAAAACUCUUCACCGACUCCCUCAUCAACGCCAGCCAGCCCUUAAUAGGCUACCGUUGCCGUGACGACAGCGCCUUCAGCAGAGGCCUGUGUCUGGACUGCAAGCAGCUGCGCUGUAACACACUGGGCUUCGCUGUGCGGCACGAUCGACCAGGGAGGAGCGCUACAGGCCUGUACCUCAGAACCACACCCCAGCCGCCCUACAGAGUGUUUCACUAUCAGAUCAGAGUCCUGCUGAAGAACCUGAUCGAGCCGCUCGAGGCCUCGCUGUCCGUCACACUCCACGGCAUCGGAGGAGAGAGCCCAGAGCUACCCAUCAACCUGCAUCAGGAGAGCGGCGCUCUGAAGUCCUUCUCGUCUCUGCUGGCCGUGGCCUCGGAUCUGGGCCGGCUCCGCUCCGUGAGACUGGUCUGGAAGGGAGAUCUGGUCUGGUCCAGCUGGAUGAGGCGCGUCAGGAACAUCAUGAGCUGGAACAGCUCCGAUCGAGACCCUGAGCUCAGCGUCUGGAGGAUCUGCAUCAAAUCAGGAGAGAGUCAAGACAAGACGUGGUUCUGCGGUUCUGCUGGAGGUUCUCGACUCAGGAUCUCGGAGGAGCAGGAGUUCACACGCUGUCCGAUCAAACAUCAGCACACACACAGCAGCGCUUCAACCCAGUCUGUUUAUUAAUGCAGUUCAAGUACUCCAAAAAAACAUCUCUUUAGACAAUACGUUCUGAAAUGUUACGUAAAAAUGUUCAAAGUGAACAGAAAUUUAGGUACUGUAUAAAACACAGUGAACAUUAACCAACAGCAGUUUUCUUUUUUUGUUCUGGUUUUUCAUUCAUUUCUCAAUUUUAGUGUUCGGCCUAUUCUCACCUACGACAUUUUAUCAGUGCACUUUUCUUCUAUGAAAUUUCACCAAGACUACGUAAAAAAAGAAAGAAAAA